AUGGGACACAUUAAGAGUGGCUGUAAGAAUGAGAAGGUUGUAGUUGAGGGACCAAAAAAUAAACGUGGUAGACCACGAAAACUUCCUAGUGAGGUACCAAAACGUCCUACAAAUCCAAGAAAGAGGAAAACUCCAGUACUGCUUAAUGAAUCCUCUCAACCAGCACCGCUUAAUGAGUCCUCUCAACCAGUACCGGUUAAUGAAUCUUCUCAACCACUACAGCCCAGUGAAUCAACUUCUUCAUAUCCCGCUACAUCUAGUGCACCUGAGCUAACAACCUCAUCAUCCCAGCCAAUACCACAAGAGAAGAAACCAAAACGUGGCCGGCCUUUGAAGAUUACAAAAGCAGGUCCAUUUUCUCGAGGUUUCGGAACAUUGUGGUGUCCAUACACAGAUCGAGUCUUUGAGGUGAUAAACAACAGGGCUUAUAAUAUUAACCCAUCAGUGAGUGCACCAGAACCUGCAACAUAA